AUGUCUAAAAAGAAACUGAAGAAAUCAAUGGGAAAGGAAGACUGUUUGGAUGGCCAGGAUAACAAAAACUCUGAAGACACAAGAUCUUACAAACAUACUAUGAAAGGAGAGACAGAGUUUCAGAGAUUCAAAACAGAGAAAGAUGGGGAAGAGAAGAAGAAAGACAAACAUUCUACUAUUCCUCAUGUCACCGGUGGGAGAUCCCAAGAGAAAUCUCCAAAUAGAAGCAAAACCACAGACAAUGCGUUAAUCCAAACUGAAAAGCAAAAGAAAAUAGUUAUUCAGUUUAAAGCCAAAGAAAUUAAACAUGGGAAAAGUACACGCACUCCUGAUGUAGUAACUGCUAGCAGGGAAGGUCGUUUUGGUGGGACAGAGGGAAAAAGACUCUGGCAUAGCUUUGAGCUUCAGAGGGACAAGGCACGAAAGAAAAAGAUGGAGAAAGUUGAACUUUGCAAACUAAAGUUAAAAGCAGAAAAAACUAUGUUGGAAAAGUUGAAGUCAUCUGUGUAUGAAUCUCACAUAACAGGUAGAAAGGCAGAUGGAUCAAAAAAACAGAGUGAGGACGUCAGGAUUCCAAAAAAAUCGCCUGACACCUCUGCAGGGAGUGCAUGUGAUGAUAGGCCUUUCACUAUAAAGCCAAAUACAUCACCUAGGACUUGGGAAGAAGAAGAUGAAGAAAAAUGUAGGGAAUUUUCUAAGAAAAAACGGCAUGCAAAUAAACAGGCACCGUCACGCUCUUCAACUGAAACAGCACAACAGUGGGACUCCUAUAAACGGAAAAAAAGGGAUGCUGAUUUCAAGAAAGCUACUGGCAAUUCAGGGACUGAAGCAAGGGACUUUGAAGCCACAGCAUUAUGUUUUAAGCAGAAUGUUGAGGUUCCAUGCACAUCUGACUCCUACCGAGGAAGUAAGGUCAUAAAGUCUCAAGACAGUCAGAGCCCAGAAACAGACCAAGAGAUGCAAAUAGUUGAAGAUUUGCAUGUUGCUCGUGUUCAGAAGAGGGUGGCACCAUCUGCAGUACAAACAUACGGAGAACUUACAAGUAUGGAAAUAGAUCUUCCUGAACAGAAUUUAAAUACUUCUGCUGAGGCUUUUACUUCUGGUUUGAACAUACUAGUGGUGAUUGACACAAAUAUAAUGAUUAGUCACCUUGACUUUGUCAGAUCCCUGAAAUCUGCAAAUAUACCAGGCAUUGACAGACUUGCCUUAAUAAUUCCCUGGGUUGUUCUGCAAGAGUUGGACAACUUGAAGAAGGGGAAAGUGUUGCAGCAUGUUUGGGACAAAGCUGUCCCAGCAGUUCAGUUCAUCCACACGUGCCUCAAAAACCAAGAUUCAAAACUGUGGGGGCAAUCCAUGCAGCUUGCUUCUCAAAAAAUAUAUAGCCUGCAUGACGAGAACAACGAUGAUCGGGUUUUACAAUGUUGUCUGCAGUAUCAGAAGCUCUUUCCUCAAGCUGUUGUCAUACUCUGCACGGAUGAUAAAAAUUUAUGUAGUAAAGCCAUUGUGAGUGAAGUCAAGGCAUUCUGCAAAGCUGAUUUGGUUACUGCUCUAGAGAAUCUGAACAUUGACAGGUGCCGGAACAGUGCUGAGCUGCAACAGUCAAAGCCUGAUUCAGAACUUGACACAACAGAAGGAGGUGAUGCUGAUCUUAUGGCGCAAUUCCCAAAUAUGCUUCUAGACCUUGAAAAGAACUUGGGAGAAGCUUUAUCUUGCAUUUUGGAGACUGAAAUGAAAAUUGCAUAUGGAAACCUAUGGAUGGAGAUACUGUAUCUGAAGCCACCGUGGACAUUAGCAAACUUGCUGAAGUGUUAUAAAAAGCACUGGAUGGCUGUUUUUGGUUACGUUGUGCGAAGGAGUUUACUUUCAACAGUUGAAUGUCUCUCUGAACACCUUUGCACAGGUGAACUAGUUGACUCCUCAACAGCACGUAUCUUGCUCCAGGAAUCCAAAAAGUUACUCCAUGCUUUCAGUUCAAGGUCAGACUAUAAUGGUGUGCUUCCCCAGGCAUAUGCUCAAGUGAAUAAGCUCUACCAAACACUUACUGAGGUGAGGUCAGACAGCGAGCAGAAUAUAACAGAAAAUGCUGUAUGUGAAAAAAUGGAAGCAAUGACACCGAUUCAGCAAAACACUGAAGAAAAGUUACAUUCAAGCUUUCAUGUGGCUCAAGAAAACAGGCACCAGGAAAUCUGGUCAGUCCUUGAAGGUGUAUGGAGUACAAUAAACUUGUACAGUACUGAAAUUUUCCAAAAGUUGGACUCCAGCACCAUAGCUGUGACUGCAAAGGCUUCAUUUGAAGAAGCUUUUUUAGGCCUGCAGAAACUGUUGGCAGCUGUGAACGAUGUCCGAGAAGGCAUCAGUAGAAUUUUGACCCCAGCCAGUAGUUUCCAAGAUAUUUGGACCCUCUAUAACUUCCUCAUAAGCAACGAGAUAAACAGCAGUAUAAAAUUCACUGCUGAGGAGCUUUAUGAGUGUGUUUCACAGAAGAUAUAUCGGGAGAGGUUGGAAGUGGGGUGCUGCCAGCUAGCCCAGCUGGAACACACCAUCAAGCAGUGUCAGGCAUCAGUUCAUGCAGAGGCCAAGAACAGGGGCUGGCUGUGA